AUGGAUCUGGUCGGAGUGUCAUCGCCGGAACCCGGGCCGGCAGCGGCCUGGGGACCCAAGAAGUGUCCAUGGGCUACUCCUCAAAAGACAAUAUCCUGUUCUUUGGCUGAUGUCAUGAGUGAGCAGUUGGCUAAAGAGUUGCAAUUAGAAGAAGAAGCUGCUGCUUUUCCUAAAGUUGCUGUUGCUGAAGGACCAUUUCUUACUGGAGAAAACACUGAUACUUCUAGCGACCUAAUGCUGGCUCAGAUGCUACAAAUGGAAUUUGACAGAGAAUAUGAUGCACAGCUUAGGCGUGAAGAAAAAAAAUUCAAUGGCGAUAGCAAAGUUUCCAUUUCCUUUGAAAAUUAUCGAAAAGUGCAUCCCUAUGAAGACAGUGAUAGCUCUGAAGAUGAGGUUGACUGGCAGGAUACUCGAGAUGAUCCCUAUAGACCAGCAAAACCAGUUCCUACUCCCAAAAAGGGUUUUAUUGGAAAAGGAAAAGACAUCACCACCAAACAUGAUGAAGUAGUAUGUGGGAGAAAGAAUACAGCCAGAAUGGAACAUUUUGCACCUGGGUUUCAGGUAGGAGAUGGAAUUGGAAUGGAUUUAAAACUAUCAAACCAUGUUUUCAAUGCUUUAAAACAACAUGCCUACUCAGAAGAACGUCGAAGUGCCCGUCUCCACGAGAAAAAAGAACACUCUACUGCAGAAAAAGCAGUUGAUCCUAAGACACGCUUACUUAUGUAUAAAAUGGUCAACUCGGGAAUGUUGGAGACCAUCACUGGCUGCAUCAGCACCGGGAAGGAAUCUGUUGUCUUUCAUGCUUAUGGAGGGAGCAUGGAAGAUGAAAAAGAAUAUAGUAAAUUUAUACCUACAGAAUGUGCCAUCAAGGUAUUUAAAACAACCCUUAAUGAGUUUAAGAACCGUGACAAAUAUAUUAAAGACGAUUUCAGGUUUAAAGAUCGCUUCAGUAAACUAAAUCCACGUAAGAUCAUCCGAAUGUGGGCAGAAAAGGAAAUGCACAACCUCACCAGAAUGCAGAAAGCUGGAAUUCCUUGCCCAGCAGUUGUGCUGCUCAAGAAACACAUUUUAGUCAUGUCUUUCAUUGGCCAUGAUCAAGUUCCAGCCCCUAAACUGAAAGAAGUAAAGCUCAGUAGUGAAGAAAUGACAGAAGCCUACUAUCAAACUGUUCACCUGAUGCAGCAGUUAUAUAACGAAUGCACGCUCGUGCAUGCCGACCUCAGUGAAUAUAACAUGCUGUGGCAUGCUGGGAAGGUUUGGUUGAUUGAUGUCAGUCAGUCUGUAGAACCAACCCAUCCUCAUGGCCUGGAGUUCUUGUUCCGUGACUGUAGGAAUGUCUCACAGUUUUUCCAGAAGGGCGGAGUAAAGGAAGCACUUAAUGAACGGGAGCUCUUCAAUGCUGUGUCUGGUUUAAACAUCUCAGCAGACAACGAGGCUGACUUCUUGGCUGAGAUAGAAGCUUUAGAGAAAAUGAAUGAAGAUCACGUUCAGAAGAAUGGAAGGAAAGCUGCUUCAUUUUUGAAAGACGACGAAGGUCCUCCAGUUCCACACGAUGAAUAG